UGUGACUACAGCUACGCACAGCCUCCUCAGAUAACCUCUCAUCGGCUAUCAAAGAAGUUUCUGCCACACUGGACAGGACCGCAUGAGAUUGUGGACAAACUCUCCCCUGUCGCAUAUCGGAUCAAGCUGAGUCGGGGACAGAAAGAACCAGUUUUCAAAUGGGUCCAUCGUAACCAGAUCAAGAGACAUGUGGCUGCUGGCAGGGAAGGGCAGGGGGAGGCUAGUGCUAACUAGGCCUUGCUAUAGUCCUCAAACAAAGACUGUCUUGAACACACAAGAACUUCCCUCACUGAUCCACUGCCUUUCUCCCUUUUUCUUUGAACCAGGAUGCUGCUGUGGCUCCCCAUCCUCUGCCUCCAGCUAAACAGAGGACAGCCGGAACCCGAUAUCACAUCACCAGGUCCAGCAUCAGGCAUUGCACUGAGGGACCAACCUGGACUUCUUAUGACCAACUGUAGGACUCACAACCAGAAGGUGUACGUCCGACUCGACCCCCGAAAUGUCUACCGGACACAUUAUCCCCGGGCAGCUGCACACUACAGUUGGGCAGGUGCCCAAUGGACUGAGAAUACCCUCGCUCACGCAGAAGCUGAUAUCAAACACAUGCUCUCUCAGUUGCAGAAAAUGACUCUCACUCAAGCAGAGCUAAGCGGACAUAACAGGCGUGACAAACGAUUCCUAGGGGCCUUGCUCGGAGCUGCUGCUGCUGUUGGAACCCUGUUCAACCUGGGAGUGACCAGUGUCAACUCCGUAAGCCUAUCUUCCCUGAGGAAACAUGUAAGGGAGAUCCAGACUGAGAUGCCCCAGCUGAGAGAACAACUCACACUACAGGGCCAAACCCUACAGACUAUAGGCAAAUCAUUGAAGGGCACCCUGGUGGUUCUGAACACCCACAGUGUCCUGCUGAACCAAACUGUGAAAUCCGUGAAACAGUUAUUCUCAGUUAUACAGAAUGAUGUUGCCCAAACUCAGCUGGUCACCGCACUGAUGUCUGACAUGCUCCGUGAGGUGAGCUCCUCCAUCGACAGCCUAGCCAUGGGUAGAAUUCCUCCGUAUCUGGUGCCCCUGAGCCUAGUACAAACAGUGUUAUCCUCUGUAACUACCCGUCCAGCUGACCCUCUUCUAGCCCACCUUGCCUACUCCCUAGGAGGGUCCAUCCUGCUACAUGUCAACCCCGAGCAGAGCGAGAUGGCGUUUCUUCUGAAUCUACCAUAA